CGGUCCCGAUCCCGGUCCCGGUCCCGAUCCCGGUGUUUCCCGGGCUGCUCUCGGCGUUAUUCCUGUAAUCCAAAGUGCAUGGAGGCCGGCGGUAUGAACUGUUCAGGGAGCCGCAGAGCACCCAGCGCUGGGGUUUUAGAACUUCAUGUCUUCUAUGUUCCGGCUGAGCUGUGGAACAGCACGUUGAACACCGUUUCCACCCACACCAUUAGCAAGUUUGUCUCAGUUGGGUUUGUCAGGGUGUUGCCUGAGCUGAGUUUGAAAGCACUGAGACCACAGCUUGGAAGUCUCCUUGGAACUGAAACCGUCAAUGACAAAUUUGCCUUUCUGAAAUGCGUAGGGAGAAGUUUGGCCGUGGUCAGAACAAAGCAAGAACUGGAACUGAAGGUGAAAUCUUUCGCCCCUCCACAUGCUCCCCAACCAGAACUCUACCUUCUGCCCGUUACAAGAUUGGUUGCCGAGAGACAGAUGAGUAGCCCAGUGACACCAGGGGCUCAGCAAGACCCCGUGGAAGUUACAGAGUCCUAUCUCUUCCAUCCGAGUCUGCCCCCAGAAGGCAGCGACUGCGCAGCAGACUGUAAGUCUUCCGAUUGCUUCUGCCAACUGUACGAUGACAAGGAACGGGGCAGGGUCCAUGCCUGCCUGACAGAGAGCUCAAACCGAGAAGAAAACGCAACAGGAGCUUUUCGGAAAGCGGAGACACUGCAGCGUCCAAGGACACCAGAAGUAACUCGCGUCAGCCUGCCUCUGCUUCAGAGACCUGCAAGUACAAACUCAGAGAACGGGGACUUUAGGGAAUUUAAAGGUAAUGAUUAUUCCUGGCAGAUGGACAAGACAAAGAGUCUGGACGUGUACAGCACCUGGGAGCAGGAAUCGUCACCCGGUAACAGUACAGAGCAAUCCCAUCGGAAAACAGCAAGGAUUCAACAGGAUGACCUUCAGAGAGAGCAGUGGAGAAAAGACGUUUCCUCCGUGGGAGAGCGACAGAUGCCUGUUUUGAAGUCCAGCAGGAUUCACAGUAACAACACUAUGGAUUCAGGAAUUCCAGAAUCACUGGACGACAGGGAUCUGGAAUACUUAGAAAAUCAAAGAAAAAAGAGUCAACAAGUGAAUCAGGGUCCAGUAUCUGGAAAUAUUGAAGAGGAAACCAGCCAGAUGCCAGGAGGCUGCAGAGAAUUAAAUUAUCCAGUAGGUGGGAGGGAGUAUUCUCUUCCUCCUCCCCCGCCUCUCCUGACCGCCGCUGUACAACGAGCUCGGCUCCCAACAGCAAAGGGACAGCUCAUCGCCCAGAUCGAAGCUGUAAAGCAAGAGAGGAAGAGCCUGGAGAAAACAAGGCAAGAGUUGGUGAAGAAGGCAAGAGCACUGUUGUCACAGAUCCGAUUACGACAAAACCAAGUACGUGACAGCUGGAAGAAACAGUACUUCGUAUCGAAGAAAGCAACUGCUCCACUAGAAGACACAUCCAGCAAGCUGUGGCAGGAGCUGGACAUGUUUUACCAAAAACUGUUGCAUCAUCUGGCUGCCAGAGAGACCAGGAAACGGUUCCCAAACUCAGCGAGUGCCGGCAGUUCCAAAAACGACUUAAUUAUCCAGAUUACAACACUCAAACACGAGGUGGACCAGCUUUAUCACAGAGUGGAACAUUCCAAAAUGAAGCUGGUCACCGAGAUAAAGUUGAGGAAACAGACCGUGUUCGAUCUGCGAGCUCUCCGGGCUGAAAUGCUACAGAAGAUGAUGUAGUCAUCUUUGACACGCCUCGCAGCUAGACACCUUCACUACUUCAGCAGUGCCUCAGGACUGGAUCAGCAUCGUACCAGCAUCCAUCAGAACCUACCACACCGCUUCCAAGCUCACCAGGAUCUCCUCGGCACAACACACAGGAGACUCCGCAGAUACUGGAAACCCAGAGCAACACGCACAAGGUGCAGGUCAGGCAGCAUCUAUGGAGGAAAAUAAACAGCCGACAUUUCAGGACAGUUCGUCCUCAUCUGCAAGUCUGCAUUGUAUCUGGUGGUCCUGGUGUGGCCGCCUCUACAGCAAUGAGAUUGGGGGACGGCUUUGUCAAGCAGCCUCACGGGAUCUCUCGGUAAUCACCCAUUUCAGUUCCACUUCCAUUCCCAUCCUGACAUGUCUGCUCACGGCCCCUUCUACUGUCACAAUGAGGCCGCAUUUGGGAUGGAGGAGCAACACCUUAUAUUCCAUCUGGGUAGCCUCCAACCUGUCAGCUGAACUUCAAUUUCAAUAACUUCCAGUCAUUACAUCCCCCUCCCCCCUUCUCUCUUUAUCCAUUCCCCAUUCUGGUUACCCUCUCCCCUUCUCUCCUCCUCACCUGCCUAUCACCUCCCCCAGUGCCCCUUCUCCUCCACUUUCUCCCAUGGUCCACGCUGCUCUUCUACCGGAUUCCUUCCUCACCUGGUCUCACCUGUCACCUGCCAGCUUGGACUCCUUCCCCUUCCCCACCUUAUUCUGGCUUCUGCCCCUUCCUUUCCAUUGCUGAUGAAAUGUCUCCGCACAGAACUCUGAUUGUUUAUUCCUCUCCGUGGAUGCUGCCUGACUUGCUAAGUUCCGGCAUUUCAGUGUCUGUGGCACGGAAGGAAAUCCUUUUCAACCAGCGCAUCCUCUGUGUUGGUCGUUGAUGGAAGCGAUUCAUUUCACUCUAUGUUAUGUAUGUGUUGGUUGUCAAAUGACACAUUUCACUGUAUGUUUCGACGUACAUGUCUGAAAUAAAACUAAUCUUUCUUGACAUAGAAAUUCAAGGUAGAAUUUGGAAUUUUCAGGUUGGUUCAGAAAUCCGAUGGCAGUGGUGAAGAAGCUGUUGUUGACCCAAGCACUGGUAAUCUUGAAGUCGGAGGAGAAACACCUGUCUCUUAAUUGAUAGAAACAUCAAUUAAGAAGCCAAUUAAUUGGCAAAUUAGUUUAAUAUGAUCAAUAUACUGAGUUACAGUGAAAACUUGCUUUUGCAUGUCAUGCAUCAUUACAUCAAUGCAUUGAUGUUGAUCAAGGAAAAACAAUAAUAGAAAAGGCCUGAGUUAUUGGGAAAGGCUGAACCGGUUAGGAGCGUAGGAAAAUGAGGGGAGGUUUGAUAGAGGUACGUGUUAUGUUUUGUAACUUCAAAAUAUGAAACUAAUUCAAAGGAAGAUGCUGGGAGUCCAAAAAUGCAAGUUUAACUUCAUCUUUACAUUAAGUGAGGCAUGCAAGUUUCACGUGAUGAUGUAUGCAAUGAACUUAUUUCUACAUAUAACCAGUACUGGAUUAUGUAAAUGAACAAGAAUGCUUAAUGAAACAAUAUGCAAGAUGACUCAAAAAUUAUUAAUAUAUGAAAUACACAAUAGUAUACAAAAUGAAUGGAAUAGACAGGAUUAAUGCAAGCAGACUAUUUCCACUGAAGUCUGUUGAGACUGGAACUCGAGGUCAUAGGUUAAAGGUGGAAAGUGAAAUAUUUUAAGGGUAUGUGAGGGGAGCUUUGCUCAGAGAGUGGUAUGAGUGUGGAACAAGCUGCCAGCUGAGGUGGUGGAUGUGGGUUGGAUUUCAACAUUGAGGAGAAAUUUGGAUAGAUACAUGAAUGAGAGGGGUAUGGAGGGUAUGAUCCAGGUGCAGGUCGAUAGGAUUAACCAGAGUAACAGUUUGCAUGGACUAGAUGGGCUGAAAGGCCUGUUUCUGUGCUGUAGUGUUCUAUGACUUGAAGGCCAAAUAAAGUGCCACAGUUACAUAGAGAGUGCAGUGCAGGCAGACAAUAAGAUGCAAGACCAGAGGGAAAACUUAUUCACUCAGAGGGUCUUUAUAACAUUCCAGAAGCUGUAUGAGGAACAACUCAAUCACACUCAGUGAUCAGGACUCUGUCGAAAUCCUUUGCAUUUUGUCUUUCAGGUGAAAAGUUUCUCAUCAUAGUGACACAGCUAGAGUAAUGCUUUACAGUGCUAGCAAUCGGGGUUCAACUGCCACUGCUGUCUGUAAGGAGUUAGUAUGUUCUCCCUGAGACCACAUGGGUGUCUUCCGGGUGCUCUGGUUUCCUCCCACAGUCCAUAAGGGUUGGUAAGUUGAGGGCUCUGGAAGCUGACAAGUUCUUGAAUUUUCAGCCCAGUGGGAUACAGGAGACAAGAGAAUGUCCAGAUGAGUGGGGUCUUUAUUCAUUCUGAAUUCAGGAGGUGUGUUAUCUGAAAGUUUCACAUAAUAGUCUGCUUUAAAAAUUUGAAAUCUGUCGUCUCCUCUUUUUCCCUGGUCCAACCUUGUAGACUCCAAGAUCAAUAAAGCUCAUCAACUCCUCUACUUCCUCAGGAGGCUGUAGAGAUCUGGCAGGUCCCUGUCAAACUUUAACAACUUUUAUCAAUGCACCACAGAAAGCUUUGUAAGGCAACUGCUCUGCCCGUGUCCACAAGAAACUGCAGAGCUGCAGUCACAACUCAGCACGUCACAGGAACCAGCCUCCCCUCCAUGGACUCGUUCUACACUUCUCACUGCCUCAGUGUAGCAGUCAGCAUCAUCAAAGACCCCACCCACCCCAGGCAUUCUCUCUUCUCCCCUCUCCCAUCAGGCCGAAGAUACAAAAGCCUGAAAGCACGUAUCACCAGGCUCAAGGACAGCUUCUACCCCGCUGCUAUAAGGCUACUAAACAGCCCCUAGUGCAAUAAGAUGGACUCUUGACCUCAGGGUCCACUUUGUAAUGAUUUUGCAUCUUACUGUUCACCUGCACUGCACUUUCUCUGUAACUGUAACACUAUUCUGCAUUCGGGUAUUGUUUUCCUUGUCCUACCUCAGUGACUGAUAUGAUGAAAUGAUCUGUAAAGAUGGCAUGCCAAAAUAAGGAGAUACAGAAGCCUGAAGGCACAAACUAAAUGAUUCAGGAACGGCUUCUUCCCCUCCGCCAUCAGAUUUCAGAAUGGAGAUUGAAACCAUGAACACUACCUCACUACUUUAUCUUUUUGCACUACUUAUUUAAUAUAACUUUUUAAAACAUAUAUAUUUACUCUAAUUUACAGUUUUUAGUAUCGCAAUGUGCUGCUGCUGCAAAUCAACAACUUUAAUGGCAUAUGCCAGUGAUCGUAAUCCUGAUCCUGCAGUUUUUGGUUACGCUUCGGUACAUGUAAUAAUAAAAGCAAUUUAAUUCUGUUCCACGAUAUAGAAUUCAGGGCCUGGAAUAUCAGGACCUUCAUGGAUUGUCUUGAAUGUCACUCUACUACCAGAGCUCAGAAAGUCAGAGACUCUGACAGUGGCAUCCCGAGUGAGGUGACUGAUAGCAGAUGACCAUUUCAAAGAACUAACAGUCCCUUCUUAGAACAAACAAUAAGAGAGAUGUUAUCUUCACAAAGCGAGCUUCGCUAUCAUAGCUAUGCAUCUCAGUGAUUCUCCAUGCAGAGCUAGUGAAGGCUUUAUGACAUGAGAUAGUCUCCAUAAAUCAGUGUAUUAGUACAGGAGUAGGGAAGUUUUCUUGAAUUUAUAUUAGAGGUUGGUGAGUAUUGUGCAGAGUUCUAGUCACCUACCUGCAGGAAAGGUAUUAAUAAGAUUGAAAGAGUACAUAGCAAAUACGCUGCCAAGUCUUGAGGACCUGAGUUAUUGGGCAAGGUUGGAUAGGUUACAGUUUUAUUUGUUAGAGAUACAGAAGA